GAGAUAAGGAGCCCAGGAGGGUGCGGUCAGGCCCUUGCGGGUGCUAGGUCCCUGGGCAGGAAAAUCUAGUCCUCGCCGACUGGAACCUUGUGUGUCCGGAUCUCGCUUCCCGGGCUGCAGGAAGGAAGCAUUUAAAUGUGGGACCGCCAGAAGCGCUUGUAAACAGAGAGCCGGGCCGGGAUGGUCGGUGGCCAAGCCGGCUUGUCACCGUGAGGAAGGCGGGCGGGCUGCCGAAGCCAAGCCCCAGCCAGGAGUAGGCUGCGGGCCACGCAGGUGAAGAGAGAGAAGCGGCCGGCGGCUGGGUGAGCAUCUGCCUGCUUCUGUGCCGUCUGGCUGGCCAUUGGGGGAAGGGUGUGGGGAUGACAGCAUUGUAAAUAUCCGAGACGCUCCCCGGGGUAGCGGUGAUUUUGCUGUUUCUUCCAUGCUUUGGUUUUUAUUUCAUCCUGGAAACUGCUGGAAACUGCACAACAGUGCAAUGCAUAUCAGAAAAUCGAAGAUGGCCGUGGCAUUGCUUUGACAAGCACUUCCUGUUGUCUUUACAGAGGACUCACUGAAGAAUAAUCUCAAAGGAAUGUCUGUGUCCCAGUACCUUUGCCGAUGACUGUUACCAUCUAGCAAAUGCUUUUAAUGUCCCAGAAAACAUCAGCCACCCUAGUGCUUGGCCUGCUCUGAGCAGCCGAAUGAAAGUUCCUUCCAGUUAUUUCCAGAACUCUGUUGCCCAAAGCACUUUUCUUCCUUGGGUGAAUGUUCAUCAAGCCCUUUCCUGAACCAGCGUAGGAGGCUUAGGCCUCUUGGAGCCCAUGACAUGGAAGCUUUGGAAGUGGAUGAUAUCAGCCCAGCCUUGGAAGUUACUGAGGAAUUCUUUAGCACUUUCGACAGUAAGCUAGAAAAGGCUGUGCAGCACGCGGAGGUUUAUGGGAUUCAGGAGGUCCCGGAACUGGUGGGGCAUGAGGUACUCGGUAACAUAGACAAUGGUGCUAUCAGAAAUGUCUCCUCCCUAGGAAGGGGGGCUGUGAUUUGGGACCACUGCAAGAGCAGGCUCUUAGAAACCAAAGCUCAAAAUGUCUUCCCUGCCAAAGAACAGUUUACGGUCCAGAAAGGGACAACCCCAGAUAAUCUGUCCUGGAUGGAACAAAAGGAAGCUUCAACCUUUAAUUUCUUCAACAUCUGUCAGCGUCGAAAGGACAGGCCUCGUUCUGUGAAUGACUUGUUGGAUGAGACCUCAACCUUUAAGCCCGGGCAUGCUCGAUCAAGGUCAGAUAUUACCCAGGUGGACUGGAGGGUGGGCCUCAAAACCACACCUCUGCAGCAGCAGCAGCAGCAGCAGCAGCAGCAGCAACAACCAUCCCUUCUGGGUUCUCACUUCACGAGGCCAUCUUUUCUGUUGCCCUCAUCAAACAAGGUAGAAGAUGCUCAAGGAAACACAGAACACAAGCAGGCAUUCCCAAACAUUCUGAAGAAGGGGUACCUGGAGAUUCGGAAAAACCAUGACAGUUACUGGCAAAGCUGUUACGCAGAACUCUCGCCCUACAACCUGUACUUCUACAGCCUCGACAGCAGUGGGAAUCAGAACCUCUAUGCCACGUACCAGCUGUCACACUUCCAGAGCAUAUCUGUUCUGGGCAACCUUGAGGCCAGGCUGGUGGAUACCGUUCUGUAUGACAACACUCAGCUGCAGCUAAAGGCCGAGUCGCCGUGGGAGGCGCUGGACUGGGGGCAGAAGCUUUGGGAGGGUGUGCACGCCGCCGUGCCUGCUUACCUAGUGCGGCCGGACGAGCUGGCCAACUCCCCGGGGCUCGGGCAUCAUGUCGACUGCGCACAGAAUCACUGUUUACAGAAGAAGUCCAGCCAGCUGCUCAUGCCAUCCCCUGUCCUGGAUGGCCCCAAACAGUACCAAAACAUCCUCAAAUCAGGGACGCUCUACAGGUUGACUGUCCAGAACAACUGGAAGGCAUUUACGUUCGUUCUGAGCAGGUCCUACCUGAUGGCCUUUCAGCCGGGCAAGCUGGAUGAGGAUCCCCUGCUGAGCUACAACGUGGACGUGUGUCUGGCUGUCCAGUUGGACAACCUGGACGACUGUGACUCUUGUUUUCAGGUCAUUUUCCCCCAAGAUGUCCUCCGUCUCCGUGCCGAGACCCGGCAGAGGGCUCAGGAGUGGAUGGAGGCCCUGAAGACAGCUGCCAAUGCGGCAAGGAGUUCGGAACAGAACCCGCAAGUCACGCUGAGGAGCAAACCCAAGGAUCAGAUGGGGGGGCAUGAACUCAGGAAGAACAAACGCCAGUCUGUGACCACCAGCUUCCUCAGCAUCCUGACGACUUUGUCUUUGGAACGAGGACUCACUGCUCAGAGCUUCAAAUGUGCAGGAUGCCAGCGAUCCAUAGGUCUUUCCUACGGGAAGGCCAAGGUGUGCAAUUACAGCGGCUGGUAUUACUGCAGCAGCUGCCACGUGGACGACAGUUUUCUCAUCCCGGCACGCAUAGUCCACAACUGGGAUACUUCAAAGUAUAAGGUGUCUAAGCAGGCCAAAGAGUUUCUGGAAUACGUGUUCGAGGAGCCCCUGAUCGACAUCCAGCAGGAGAACCCCAUGCUGUAUGGACAUGCUGAGCCGCUGGCCACCGUGGUUCGGCUGCGGCAACGGCUGAAAUCGCUGCGAGCCUAUUUGUUCAGCUGCCGGGCGGCAGUGGCCGAGGAUCUGCGCCGCAGAAUUUUUCCCAGAGAAUACCUCCUUCAGCAGAUCCACUUAUAUUCCCUUGCCGAUCUACAGCAGGUGAUAGAGGGAAAGCUGGCUCCAUUCUUGGGCAAGAUCAUUAAAUUUGCCACCUCACACGUGUACAGCUGCAGUCUUUGUAGCCAGAAGGGGUUCAUCUGUGAAAUCUGUAACAAUGGAGAGAUCCUCUACCCUUUUGAGGAUAUUUCAACAAGCAGGUGUGAAAGCUGCGGGGCCGUUUUCCACUCUGAAUGCAAAGAAAAGUCUGUCCCCUGCCCGAGGUGUGUCCGCCGAGAGCUGCAGAAGAAGCAGAAGUCUUUCUGGCGGAGGCUGAACAUGGACGAGAGCCUGGAGGAGGCUUGCAACAUGUUCGAGCUGUCCUACCAGAACACCUGACUCGGCUGGAGCCCGAGGCCCAGGAUUGACCUCUCAGCCAUCCAUCAGCCCCAGUGGCUUCCUAACUAGCCAGUUAGAUCCCUCCCGAGGACGAGUACGCCCCGUCUUCAGCUAGCUAUACAAGUAUAUUUAUAUAAGUACACAUACCUACACGUCCUGUAUGUAUGUCCUGUAUUCAUCAUUGUCCAAAAGGUCCAUGGAGCUUUGUGGCUCAAAAAAUUAGUAAUAGCUGAAUUACAUUUAGCCAUGAAUUUCAGCUGCUUGCUCCCGAGCAAAACGUGGUUUACACACGAGGCUUUAGAGUUUGUUUUGUUUUGCUUUGUUUUUUGGCUCUCAGGGGCCAUUGAUUACACAGGGCCCAGGAGAAAGCAUUUCCUACAGAAAGCAGUGCUUUGUGUUAUUUAUUUUUAGCCUUUACAGAGGAUGAGGAACUGAGGCGAGCACCCAUCAUCAUUUGUCAUAAGAAAAUCUUCAAAACACAGCAAUGACUCCUGGAUGCGUCCAGGCCCCAGUGUCCCUGGCUCUCACGUGCUCCGUGUCUUUGCAGAGGCCAGGGUCACCUCAUCAGGAGGGUGUGCUCCCUCUGACAGAAUACAUGUGUUCCUAAUUUAUUAGGGGAGCUAGUUCUGGCUUUAAAGGGGUUUUUCUUGAGAAGAGACCUCAGUGACCAAUAACUGCAUGUUGUCUGUCUGUCUGCUGGUACGAAUCCCAACACCCACCCAGUGCUGUGACGCUCCCCCAGAUUGGCCAGGUGGCAAAGAAACGCGGCUCUCUUAAGAGCCAUCUUCCAGGAGUUUCGUGGGUGACAGUUACAGAUUUUGUAACGGUGCUGGCCUGAGGAAAUUGCCCAGGGUUGCUGGUAAAUACAUCAGCCUGUAGA